CUGUGACGUCACACCGCAAAGCAUGCUGGGAGAGGAAAACUCCAGGAACCUGAGGGAAAGAGGAAGUUCUGCUGGAAACGUCCUGUAAAGAGGCUCUGAUGUCCGGACAGCGGGAGGGAGAGCCCCGGCAUGAGGAGCAGGUUCCUGUGAUAUAGGAUUGUCCGAUGACAUCAUCAGUACCAGAUAAUGGAUGGAGACAGGGAUAAGAUGGCGGAGAGGAUAUUAAAUCUUACCCUAGAGAUACUCUUCCUGCUUACUGGAGAGGAUUACUCCACGGUGAAGAAGACGUCUAGUAAUCUGAUACAUGAGAAGAACAAUGAGAAGAUCCUAGAAGUCGUCCACAAGAUGAUGGAGCUGCUGACUGGAGAGGUUCCUAUAAGGUGUCAGGAUGUCGCUGUCUAUUUCUCCAUGAAGGAGUGGGAGUAUUUAGAAGGACACAAGGGUCUGUACAAGGAGGUCAAGAUGGAGGAGGACCAGCCCCUCACAUCUCCAGAGAGAUCCAGUCAGAGGACAACACCAGAGAGAUGUCCGCGUCCUCUCCUUCCACAGGACGGUCAGGAUUACUCCACGGUGAAGAAGACGUCUAGUAAUCUGAUACAUGAGAAGAACAAUGAGAAGAUCCUAGAAGUCGUCCACAAGAUGAUGGAGCUGCUGACUGGAGAGGUUCCUAUAAGGUGUCAGGAUGUCGCUGUCUAUUUCUCCAUGGAGGAGUGGGAGUAUUUAGAAGGACACAAUGGUCUACACAAGGAGGUCAAGAUGGAGGAGGACCAGCCCCUCACAUCUCCAGAGAGAUCCAGUCAGAGGACAACACCAGAGAGAUGUCCGCGUCCUCUCCUUCCACAGGACGGUCAGAGUCCCAGUACCUGCGGAGGCGGUCGUGGAGUGAUGAAGCCGGCAACCAGCGGUGGGGAUCAGAUUUUAUAUCAGGAUGAAGAUCUGCGCAAUAUUAAUGCUACAGAGACAGAUGUGAGGGGCGAUGAGGAAUACAAGGAGGAGAUCCCUACAGAGACAGAUGUGAGGGGCGAUGAUCAAUACAAGGAGGACAUUCCUACAGAGACAGAUGUGAGGGGCGAUGAUCAAUACAAGGAGGAGAUCCCUACAGAGACAGAUGUGAGGGGUGAUGACCAGUGUGAGGAGGACAGUCCUACAGAUAAGAGCCCAGGUUGUCUCAGUAUUUCACAGAGAACAGGAGAUAAUUCUCCCUUCAUUUUGUACCGCCCCCAAAAACACACAGGAAGAGCGGUUCCACUGUCUAGAUGUGAGAAGAGCAGUCCUCGCCUACAUCAAGCGGACGAAACCUUGGAGAAAGUCAGCAAACCUCUUCAUCCAAUUCGGUGGCAGGAACAGAGGGUGCAAAGCCUCUAAGACCUCUUUAGCCCACUGGAUCAAGGAGACCAUCAAGGAAUGUUACAGACUGCAGAAUUUAUCUUGUCCCAUAACCUUGAGGGCUCAUUCUACCAGAGCCAUGGCUACAACCUGGGCAGAGAAAGCCGGAGCUUCCAUUGAUCAGAUCUGCAAGGCAGCACCCUGGUCUUCCUCCACUACCUUUUGUCAGACACUACAGACUGGACUCAAUGGCCAAUCAGGACUUAGCUUUUGGCCGUAAGGUCCUUCAGGCA